UUUGGUUCACAGAAGCACAACAAAAUAACACCUAUACUUAGUAUGAAACUUGUGCACCAUGACAAAAUAACUACAGCUAUGAUUUGGCCUCUUUCUUCUUCCCUUAUCUUCUAUACACUCAUUCUCCUACAAUCAACACUACCUGCUGCACAAAAUGGUGGUAAAAUUACAGCAGGCAAAUCUCUCUCAGCCACAGGCAAAAACUCAGCUGCAUGGCUCUCCCCUUCAGGCGACUUUGCCUUUGGUUUUCAUCAAUAUCUUAAAUCCAACAAUUUAUUUUUGCUUGCCAUAUGGUAUGCUAAAAUUCCUGACACCAUUGUUUGGUAUGCAAAUGACGGUAAUCCUGUCCCCCAGGGAUCCUCAGUAAACAUAACUGCUAAUGAGGGUCUGGUUCUUAGUGAUCCUCAAGGAACAAAUCUAUGGAAUACAACUGAUGAUUUAAGUGGUGAUGGAGAAGUUGCUUAUGGUUUUAUGAAUGAUACUGGGAAUUUUGUGCUCUUAAGUAGAAACACUGAUGCUGCAGUUUGGCAGAGCUUCGACCAUCCUACAGAUACCUUGCUUCCAACCCAGAUAAUGGAAGCAGGAGACGAGCUUGAUUCCCGACGAUCAGCAACCAAUUUUACAAAAGGGAGGUUUCAACUUCGUUUGCUCCACGAUGGGAACCUCGUUCUUAAUACCAGGGACCUCGCCACAGGUUAUUCCUAUGCUUCUUACUAUGAAAGUGGCACCAAUGACAUACAAAAUCCUGGUGACAGAUUGGUCUACAGUGAAUCCGGGGAUUUGUAUAUACAGACAAAGAACGGCUCAAGGUUUGAUGUCAAGCCAGCAAAUAAGUUUGUCUCUGCCAAGGAUAAUUAUUACAGAUUAUCAUUGAAUUUUGAUGGGGUAUUGACCUGGUUCUAUCAUCUGAGAAACUUCACGGGCAAAAUAGAUGCUGAUUGGUCGGAGCUUCAGUCAUUGCCUGAUAACAUAUGUAUGAAUAUAGCAUCAUUUGGGGGUGAUUAUGAUAGUGGAGCCUGUGGAUAUAAUAGCAUCUGUAACAUUGGUGAGGACAAGAGGCCAAACUGUAAUUGCCCACCAGGAUAUUCACUAUUGGAUCCCAAUGAUAAAUACGGCAGCUGCAAACCAGAUUUCAAACAGGAGGUUUGUGAUGAACAGAGUCAGGAUGCUGUAAAAGAUGAAUUCAAGCUAGUCUUGAUUCAAAACACAGAUUGGCCAUUUGCUGACUAUGCAAGACUUGAUCCUUGUAGUGAAGACGAAUGUAAGAAUUCUUGUCUUAAUGAUUGUUUCUGUGCAGUUGCUAUUUUCAACGAUCAAAGCUGUUGGAAGAAGAAGCUGCCACUCUCCAACGGAAGACAAGAUAGUCAAGUAAUGAGAAUAGGUUGGGUUAAGGUGGGAAAUAGCAAUAUUACCUACAACCCACUAAACCCAGUGUUACCUCCCAACAAAGUAAGAUACAAAAUGAAUCGUGCAGUUACAGCUUUGUUAGGUGGUUCCGUAUGCAUUAAUCUCCUUCUGCUAAGUGCUAUAGUUUUAGGGAUUUUCUUUAUGUACAACAAAAAGCAGUCCAGAGGAACAUUGAUUGAUGAGCAUCAGAGAAUAAAAACCCUAAAGGAGUAUACUAAUGUACAUUGCUUUAGCUACAAAGAGCUAAAUGAUGCAACAGAUGGGUUUAAGGAAGAAAUAGGACAGGGGGCUUUUGGCACAGUAUAUAAAGGAAGGAUUGAAGCAGGAGGUUCUCCAAUCAUAGUCGCGGUUAAAAAGUUAGAUAGGAUAUCUAAAGAGAUUGGUAAAGAAUUUGAAGCUGAAGUUAAUGUAAUUGGCCAGACUCAUCACAAGAAUCUAGUUCGCUUUAUAGGAUUCUGCAAGGAAGAUGACCAUCGGUUAUUGGUGUAUGAAUAUAUGAGCAAUGGAACCGUGGCAGAUUAUCUUUUUGGUGAUUUAAGGCCAAGCUGGACUGCAAGGAUUCAAAUUGCUCAAGGGAUUGCAAGGGGGCUCUUGUAUUUGCACGAGGAGUGCAGCACGCAGAUCAUACACUGUGAUAUAAAGCCGCAGAACAUACUUCUUGAUGACCAUUUCAACGCUCGAAUUUGUGACUUUGGACUGGCAAAGCUUUUGGUUUUAAAUCAGACACAUACAAAUACUGGAGUCAGAGGAACAAAAGGAUAUCUUGCCCCUGAAUGGUUCAGAAACAAGCCGGUAACAAUUAAGGUUGAUGUAUACAGCUUUGGAGUUUUGCUAUUGGAAAUUAUAAGCUGUAGAAGAUGUGUGUGUAUGGAUAUCAGUGAUGAAGCAGCAAUUCUGACAGAUUGGGCAUACGAUUGCUACCAGUCUAACAAUUUACGAAAUCUUGUUAAUGGUGACAUGGAGGCAACUAGUGACAUGCAAGGACUGGAGAGGUUUAUAAUGGUUGCCCUGUGGUGUAUUCAAGAAGACCCAAGUCAGCGACCUACGAUGAAAAAGGUCACGCAGAUGCUCGAGGGUGUUAUUAAAGUGACUAGUCCUCCUUGUCCUGCCUCCUUUUCAAUUGCAACCCAAGCUUGACACUCCAUAGUUAUCAUGAUUAAGAAUGUGUAUUUUACAUUUCAUCUUUAUCCCACUUUGGUAGUUAUGUACCUGUAACCUCUACAAUAAAAUAAAUCAUUUCAUUGUUCGUUUCA